AUGGACACCGACAGGGCUUCUAGCGACGUGGAAAAAGAUGGGCACAAUGUCAGUCUACCUGCUCAAGGCGACGAUGCACAUGAAGCGCCUUCCUUAAGCUACUCACUGUCGCCGUCUUCGUCCAUAUCCUCCUCCAGCUCGGCCCCAGAACAGAUCCCAACAAUGGAACAAAUUCAGACUUAUCAUGAAUUGGAGAGGCAUCCGACUGCUAUAAGCCGCAUCGCAACACACCGAACCCAGCAAAGUGAGACAGUGGGAGCUGCGCUGAAACCCAGGGUCUCGAAAAAGCCAUUGCCGCCAUUUGGCGCUGGAAAGCCCUACCCUCCGCCUCUUGCGCCUCAAGAGGAGUACGUAGUGGAAUUUGAGGGGCCUAGUGACCCUUUGCAUCCACAGAAUUGGUCGAGUAAGAAAAAGUUCUUGACCAGCGCCAUGCUCGCAUACACUACCCUCGUCUCAACCUUUACGAGCAGCGUGUUUUCGAGCAUCACAACAAAUAUAGCAGCUCAGUACCAUGUCUCUACCGAAGUCGGGGUGCUCGGGCUUUCUCUGUAUGUGCUGGGCUUCGCAACGGGUCCCGUAUUUUGGGCACCGCUAUCUGAGCUCCGCGGUCGAAAGCUACCUAUUCUUAUCGGCAUGACUGGUUUCGUUCUGUUCCAGUUUGCAGUGGCCACUGCCAAAGAUUUACAGACAAUCCUCAUCUGUCGAUUCUUUGGUGGCUUUUUUGGUGCUUGUCCCAUCGCAGUAGUGGCGGCAGUCUUUUCCGACAUCUACGACAACCGGUACCGCGGGGUGGCCAUCACCGUUUUCUCCAUCACAGUCUUCAUGGGCCCUCUUCUUGCUCCUUUUAUUGGCGGGUUCAUUGUGGAUAGCUAUCUGGGGUGGCGGUGGACCGAAUAUUUGACGGGAAUCAUGGGUGCUGCAGCACUGAUCGGCGAUAUCUUCGUUCUCGAUGAGACAUACCCACCCAUCGUGCUCAUAGACAAGGCCGCAGACUUGCGUCGUCGAACAAAAAAUUGGGGCAUACACGCAAAGCAAGAAGAAAUUGAGAUUGAUUUGAGCGAGCUGAUUCAAAAGAACUUUAGUCGGCCGAUUAGAAUCCUAGUCACCGAGCCUAUCGUGUUGUUGCUCAGUAUUUACAUGGCUUUCAUCUAUGGUCUUCUCUACCUGUUUAUGACUGCGUAUCCCAUUGUCUUCCAGCAGAUUUACGGCUUUAAUAAAGGAAUCGGGGGUCUUCCAUAUCUUGGGAUGGCCGUCGGCGAGCUCAUUGCUGGUGUAUAUAUAAUCUUCCAGCAACCAUCAUAUCAAAGAAAGCUUAAAGCCAACAACGACAUGCCCAUCCCCGAAUGGCGUUUGCCGCCUGCAAUAAUUGGCGGUGUUUCAUUCUCCGGUGGUCUUUUCUGGUUUGGAUGGGCAGGGUACAAGUCAACCAUUCACUGGAUUGUGCCUACACUCUCGGGCCUCUUGACGGGGUUCGGUCUUUUGGCGAUUUUCCUGCAGUCUCUCAACUAUCUCGUGGACGCCUAUCUCCUUUUUGCCGCCUCUGCCAUUGCCGCCAACACUUUUCUUCGCUCUCUUGCCGGAGCAAUCUUUCCCCUUUUCGCUACCUACAUGUUUGACGGAAUGGGAAUCAACUGGGCCGGAACUCUGCUCGGCUGUGUCGCCGGUGUUCUCGUGCCGAUUCCAAUAUUUUUCUAUCGGUUCGGUCACAGAAUCCGUGCGAAGAGCAGGUUUGCGCCGACGUUUGAUUUUGAAGAGUGA